ACCACGAAACCCAGCGUGGCCUCCGAGCCGAGACUCGAGCACUACUGGUCUUCGGAGCACUUCCGUCCCUCGUCAAGACGCAAUUUUUAUUGCGCUCUUGUUUCUUCCCUCUGCUCCCCUCCCCACCCACCUCUCUUGAUAACUACGGUCCGCCGUCGAGAAAAAGGUCCCGCUUUUUUUUCUUCAUCCUAUUGGAUCGAUAAUGCGCUGUUCUGGGCUCCGAGGUUUCCAAGUUGAAGGAGCCGGACAUGGCUUCCACGUCCCUGGGGCCGGCGUCGGCUGGUCAUGCCGGCUCCCGCCGCCGCCACAUGUGCCGUCGAGAGCUCUUCCGGCUGUGGCCGCUCCGGAUUGGAGGCGGGAAGGGGUGAGGGGUGGGAGAUUGGGUUCUGUCGUUGUCCGUGUGAAACCCGUGGAAGAUGAGAACUUGUCGCCGGCGGCGCCUUUGCAGUUGUCGGCGGACCGGGCGGUGGAGGAAUCGAGGAAGUCGGGUCGGAAUUCGAGCUCGCUUCCUGAACCAUUGUCAUUAACUGAUCUCUCUGUUUCUGAGCAUGGAUCUAAAGUACGUGUAGGAUAUCAGGGUUCACCUGGUGUCUUCAGUGAGGACUCUGUCCUGAAAGCAUACCCACAGGGUGAAGCUGUUCCAUGUGAACAGUUUGAGGUUGCAUUCAAGGUCAAUGAGAUAUCAUCUUAGUUGAGCCAAAUCAGCCUAAACACCAAAGCAUAUGAUUUUUGAGCAUUUACAGGCAGUUGUACUUUCAUUAGUUGAUAAAGCAGUUCUGCCAAUUGAGAAUUCAAUGGACGGAAGCUAUCAUCAGAAUUAUGACUUGCUUCUCUGCCAUAAUUUGCGCCUUGUUGGUGAGGUGCAGUUGUCCAUUAACCACCGUCUUGUAGCUCUGCCAGGCGUGCACAAGCAGCAGUUGAGGCGUGUUUUAAGCCACCCACAGGCACUUAGCCAAUGUGAGAUUGCAUCGAGCACGUUGGCUGUUGUUCGAGAAAGUGUCGAUGACUCUGCUGGUGCCACUCAGUUGAUAGGGUUUAAGGGAUGCAGGAGCAAUUGCAAGUGCCCGGGCUGCAGAUAUCUAUGGGCAUAAUGUGCUCGAGGAAACUAUGCAGGCAAUGAACUUUCUCCUAUCACUGUUGGUGUGGUAGAUCUUGUUUUCAUGUGAAGGAUGAUUUUCUCUAAAUUGCAAUGCGGUUGUAGUCAGAAUAGAUUUUUUAAUAUCUUAAUUAUAUCAUUAUCACAUGAAUUCUUUUUUAUCCUUGUGUUUGAUUGUGAGAUUGGGAACAUAAUGAACCUUUUUUUUUUCCCAUUUUGAGUUCCAUUGUCACUGGAGCUGCAUGCCCUUAGUAAAUCAUCAGAUACCAUUAUUAAAUGCAUUAACAAUAUCUGUUAUGUUAUUUGCCCCGCUUGAUUUGUUUAAUGUCUUUUCUAUCAAACAACUGCUCCAGUUAGUAAUGGCUUCCAUUUUCGACAGGAUUCUCACGGGUCAGAAAACAUGGUGGCUAAUCAAAUUAUAAAUAGUUCUGCACUGUGACAUUGUUUACAUUGAUUAAAAUGUGCAAUGAAUGUUUUUAGUAAAAAUUACUGCCAUAUUGUUGAAAACUAGAACAUAUUUAUUCUAAUAUUUGAUGAAAUAUUUUCUGUAGUUUGCCAAAAUACAUAACUAAGAUAUCGUGGUAACUGACUGAAUAGGAAGGAAUCUCAUAGCUUAAUUUGGUUCAUCUGACAUGGUUAUAUUCCUUGGUAAGGCCUUCAGGUAUAUUGAAUGGUGUACAAAUUUUGAGGAAGAUGGUGUGCGCAUUCAUAUCAAGGCACACUACUUGUCCAACAUAUUUCUGUUUUUGACAUGCAUUGAUGUCCCCAAAAAUGUUUUGAGAUUUCUUGUCCUUGCUCGGGAACCUAUAAUUCCAAGGAUCGAUAGAGCCUUCAAGACUAGCAUAGUAUUCACUCUUGAAGAAGGUCCUUGGAGUAUUAUUCAAAGCACUGGGACUUCUUUCUCUGGGGAAGAUAAAAUUCACAAAGAUCGAGAGCAGGCCCCAAAGGAGUCGCCCUCUUAGGGUUGUUGAGACUCAGCAGACGCAUUGCUAUUCCUUCGACUAUGGUCAUAGAGAGAGAGAGAGAGGUUAUUAGAACAUCUCGGGGCUUUACAUUCGUCAGUGUCAACCAAUACCAAAAUGUUUGUGUUCUUCGGAUAGAGAGUGGAAGUGCAAUAACUCGUUGAUGUAGGACUUGCAAACUUUGAUACGUUACUCGCUCUGUUCAUCGUGCUCAUGUUGAGUCAUUAUUUUUCAACUAUAAACUUUGAUACGUUGUUUACUCUCUAACCACUUCGGAUAGAGAGAGGCAACCCGCUGUGCAUCACCAAACCAAGAAAAAAUUCACUUCGAAUGCAUUAUUAGCACUCAGAAACUGUUCAGAGAGAGAGAGAGAGAGAGAGAGAGAGAGAGACUCUGUUGUGCUGCUAUCAUUCAUCAGACUGAUUUG